GGUUUCAAUCACACACGUUCAGCUGUAGACGCGCUGAAUGCAACGUCAGAACUAUUCAACGCGUAUAACGAAGAAGUCAUGGGUACCCCUGUGCACGGAUCGUAGGUCACUUAUGAACAGGGCUAAAUUAUAUCGCCACGAAAGGGCGACCGUCCUUCCUCUCCCGGGGGAAACUCCCCCCCCCCCGAAAAAAACACUUAUUUAAUUCACAACUUUAUUUUUUUUUUGUAAACUUCCACUCCCUAUCGGUGCACUGGAGCCUCUCGGAUUGGCCAGACGGAGAUUCUCUAGUCUAGUACAAAAAACUUCAGCUACUGCCGCGGGUUUCGCUGUGAUUGGCCUGUCUGGGUUCGCGCCCGGACCAAUCCGAGCAAGGCGCGCGCGCGGGAAGGACAAUUAGCGGCAGCUUGAAAGAGUCGACCGCUUAAGGUAGCGCGCCUUUUAUUUUCCCCUUCGGGCUAGUGACAGCGGGUGCCUGGGAAAGUCUCGCUCUGGUGGCGACAUGGUGCGGACCAAAGCGGACUGCGGGGGGACCGGCGGGGCUUACCGGAAAGUGGUGGCUGCUAGGGCUCCUCGGAAAAUUUUGGGCUCCAGUAGCUCAAAUGUGAACUCCUCUCCUUCUGCGCGGAAAGCUGAGAGCAAGUAUGCAGGAGGCAAUCCCGUCUGUGUAAGGCCCACCCCGAUAUGGCAGAAAGGAAUUGGAGAGUUCUUCAGCCAGUCCUCUAAGCACUCAGAGAAGGAGAACCAGGACUCCGAUGAGGAGCCAGGAUGCAGCGGAAUAGGAAAGCCUAGGAGAAAAGCGGUCCCUCUGCCCUCUUGCCCUGCUGAAAAGGAUGCCUCUGACGAUGACCAAGUAUAAACCUGUUCCUGCCUCUUCUUGUUAAUGGAUUUUGCCACACGCUGUCUAAUGUGGCUUUGUCUGUGUGUACAUCUGUAUAUAUUUGGUCUGAAUAAGGGCCUUUCCAAAACCAUGACAGAUUUAACUUUGUUUACUUCAGACAAUCUAAAGCUUGACUGCCGUCAAGGGAAAUUGGGAGAGCUUAAUCUAAGAAUAGCUGCCAAUGCGAUAAGUGGCGUUUCUUUCUGCACUUGCUGAACUUCUGUGCCAUAAUGUGUUAAGAAAAUUAUUAAACUUUUUUUUUACUAAAA